GGGUCAAAAAAUUACAAAAUGCCUGACAGACACUGCACAGCGAGGAGGGAGGAGAGGAGGGAGGAGAGGAGGGAGGGAAGAGAGGAGAGGGGGGGGGGGGAGGGGACAGAGGGUAUGCACUACAUCUGACGUCAGAAUCUUGCUACAAAGAUAAGCCGCGAGCCUUAAUAUGAAGUACAAUGUUCGUCCAUUUAGGAAGAGCGAUCGAGCUCCGGCGGCCUCGCGUCGGUGCGCACACCGCUCAACACCUGGAGGGCGACGGAGCACAGCAGGCCGCUCUGCAGCACACACCUGAUACACCUCCCUCGUCCUCUGCACGCAGUCUGGAAGCAGCCCACGGAGCAGAGCAGGAACUAUGAGGGAUCGACUCAGACCGACGACACCGCGUUGCGCGUAAUGAAGGAAUAAUUCGUCUGCACGAGCGCAGGAAGAGAAAAUGGGAAUGGCGAGUGAGGAUCUGCUCGUGACACUCCAGAUUCUACCUGGUUUCUUUUCGAACUGUCUGUUCCUCGCCCUGUACGACUCCGUGGUGUUGGUGAAGCGCGUUGUGUCGCUGCUCAGCUGCUCCCGGUCCGCAGGCUCCGGAGAGUGGCGCCGCAUGCUGACCUCAGCGGGGCUCCGCUCCAUCUGGAACAGCUUCCUGCUGGACGCCUACAAGCAGGUAAAACUCGGCUGCGUGGCACCCAAUUCCAAGCUGGUAAAGGUGCCUGAUGUCCACCGGUGGAGCAGCAGUUUCAGCAACAUGACAAAUAUGCCACCUGGUGCCAGGAUCCGAAUUGGAGACGAGUGCCGCCUCCUGGAUUUUGAGUCAUCAGAUCGCCCUCUGGUGGUCAACUUUGGCUCGGCCACCUGACCCCCCUUCAUCAGCCACCUGCCAGCUUUCCGGCAGUUGGUGGAGGACUUCAGUGACGUCGCUGAUUUCCUGCUAGUGUACAUUGAUGAGGCUCACCCAUCUGACGGCUGGGUGGCCCCUCCCAUGGGCCCUUGCUCUUUCAGUGUGCGGAAGCAUCAGAACCUGGAGGAGAGGAUAGGUGCAGCGCGCCAACUCAUUGAGCAGUUUUCCCUGCCACCGCAGUGUCAGCUGGUCGCUGACUGCAUGGACAACAAUGCUAAUGUGGCUUAUGGUGUGUCCAAUGAACGGGUGUGUAUAGUGCAACAGAGAAAGAUUGCCUACCUGGGUGGUAAGGGGCCUUUUUUUUACAAUCUGAAGGAUGUGCGGCAGUGGCUGGAACAGAGCUACGGUAAACGGUAAUGAAAGGAGGAAUGAAGGACAAAUACAGAGGAGGACAUGUCCCAUAUUUCAGUAGGGAAAUAAGAGCUUGUUCGGUUUUGUAUAAAGACAAAUCAAAAGGCGUGUUAUGGUCAGUAGUGGAAAGUACAUUUACUCAUGUACUGUCAAGUACAAAUGUAAGGUACUUUUGAUUGAGUAUUUCCAUUUUAUACUAUGCUCCACUACAAUUCUGAGGGAAAUAUUUUUGCUCCACAACAUUUAUUUGAUAAUUAUUUUCUAGUUACCUUGCAGCUUCAGAUAAUAAUACAAAAUAUAAUCAACCAAUACAUGAUUAUGUAUUAUUAUUAUGGAUAAAGACAAAACUUUAUUGAUCCCAGCUCUAUGGUUGUGUGUUGUUAAGACUCUGGCGAUACGAUAUGUAUCAUUAUACAGGGGUUACAGGGCAAUACACAACACAUUUAAGGAAUAUUGUCAUGGUAUAGGAUUUAGUACAGUACACAAUUUUUGAGAAUUGAUACAAUUUAAAAAAAAAAUAUAUAUAUAUAUAUAUAUAUAUAUAUAUAUAUAGAUAGAUAUAGAUAUUGUCAUGUGAUAUUUUGGAACAUUUCUCACAAGCAACCUGGCAAUAAAUAUCAGGAAAAAAUAAGCUCCACCUUUAGCAGAUGCAACAUUAAAGUGAACACAUUAAUGCAUCCAUAAUUAUUCAAUUCAAUUCAAUUGUAUUUGUAUAGCGCCAAAUCAUAACAUAAGUUAUCUCAGGACACUUUCCAAAAUAGAGCAGGUCUAGACCAUACUCCUUAUAAAAUUAUUUACAGAGACCCAACAGUUCCCACCAUGAGCAAGCACUUGGCGACAGCGGCAAGGAAAAACUUCCUUUCCUGACAAUUAUAAUUCAUUAAUAUAAUAUACAUUACUCAGAAACGUGUCAUUCUGCAUUUACUUUUUGUACUUUUAGUAUAUUUUGAUGCUAAUACUUUUGUACUUUUAUUGAAGUAAAAUUUCAAAUGCAGGAUUUUUACUUGUGUUUCUGCACUGUGGUAUCGCUAUGUUUAUUUAAAGCCACCCUACAGUCAAAAAUCUGUUUUUUUUCCUACAGUGCGAUGUUUGAAUGACACUGAAGGAUGUUUUCACAUUCAUCUGCUAAAAGUCAUCACAAUUAGAUUGGAAGUCAAUCCUGGUAUAGUAUGGAACUUCUACAGUAUGAUGUAGAAACCUGAAACCACCAGUGCACAUCCACAGAGAAUGGACUUUACAGUGAAGUAGGAGACAUCUUGUGUCCAGCAGGAAAACUAGGAAAUUGUUUUGCAGAAACAACAUAUCAGACACACAUUAUUGUUCUAAGCAGAAUAUAGUGUCUGUGUGUCCUAAUACAUGUCUGGACCGGAUCUUUAAGUAAAAGAUCUGAGUACUUCUAACACCACUGGUUAUGGUAAUAUCCUGGACGAGCCCCCAUUAUGUUACGACUGGUUCAAAGGCUGCAACAUAAAGAGGGACACCGGGUAAUGCAAGAAUGUAAGUUAUUUACCAAAAGAACAAAAUGGAAAAAUUAGCAGAACAAACAAAGAGCUGGUGUUGUUGCAGGGAGCCAAGAGAGUGUGGGCGGAGUAAAGAGCCAUUUAAAUAGUCCACAAACUCAAACAGGCAUCUUUCAUUUGGGAUCAGUGAGCAUCUAGGACACAAAAAGGACCCAGACCCACUAUGAAUAACAAUGCCAAAAAGCGAUAUUGACUUAACAUUUGAAAUCAGACCAACUUUUCGCACAUGGGUCCAUUCAGACUGAGAUGAACAUUUGCAAAGACCCACAUUGAUAAUAAUCCACAUUAACAAGGCAGCAAGUUGACAUCAAGUUGACAGUGUUUGUGCUUCAUCUGUAUUCAUGCCCACUUUUGCUGCUGAUUUCCACUGAAAUGUUAAACCAAACCACUGAAGUAGGGAAGAAAUCACAAUAUUUUUUAAAUAUGUUUUAUAAAGUAAUACGAUUUUAAUAGAGAUUUUAAUAUUGGAAUUUUUCCACUGGUCAUAUGUUUUUAUGCACUUUGUCAAAUUAAGUUCCAUCCUCUUUGGAUAAACAUUCAUUCGUACAGUACAUACUGACCAUUGUUCUGCAUCUGACAGCUCUACAUAGUUUUUUUCCUUUCUGCAUAGUCUCUAUAACAAACAUUUACCCAUUUGGAUGUUUUCAUGUUUACAAUAUUAAAUUAAAGUAGAUAUAAUGUGGCUUGUUUUUACACUGAUCAACAGAAAAAUAACCUUUGUAAAUAUGAAAACAGAUCUUUCCAGUGUGAUCUAAGUGGUCAGGAUUUAGUAAAUGCACCUUUGGGAGCUGUUACAACCUUGAAUCUGUGUGGAUAUGUUGUGGUAGUUUAUGCUUCGCACAUCUGGACAGUGCCGUUUUCCCCCCAUUCCUCUUCACAAAGCUGCUCAAGCUCUUGUCAGGUUGCAUGGAGAUUGUGAGUGAACAGCCUUUGCCAGUCCAGCCACAAAUUCCUGACUGGAAAUUCUGACUCAGCCACUCCAGGACUUACAUUUUGUUGUUUUUAAGUUAUUCCUGUGCAGCUUUGGCUACUAGGGCUUAUUUCCUCGUGCUGGACAAACAGAUCUUGUCUUAAGUUGCAGGUUACUUGCAGACUGCAUCAGGCUUUCCUGCAAGAUGUCUCUGUAUUUUUCUGCAUUCGUUUCACCCUCUACCCUCACAAACCUGCUGCAGAGAAGCAAACCUAGCAGCAUGGCCCACCCCAGACAUUGUGUUUAGUGUAAUGUACAAAAAGCUCAGUUUUGUUUCCCAUCAGACCAUAGAACCUUCUUCCAGCUGACUUCAGUCUCCCACAUACCUUCUGGCUAACUGUAGCCCAGAUGUCAUGUGAGUUUUUUUAAGCGUGGCUUUUUCUUUUCCACUUUCCCACAAAGUUGUGACUGGUAGAGUCAUCAGUGUUUACCGCUCUCACUAGCCUCCUUACACACUUCCUCAGUUUCAGUGGAUAGUCUGCUUUAGAAGCCAUGUUUUUUUCCAUUUCCAUUGUUCGAAUUACGGGCUUAGUUCCUCCAACAUGACCAGGGCUUCUGGGGGCUCCAGUCCUAAAUCAUUUAGGCUUUUAAAAUAACUUCCCCUUAGUCUCUCUGACUGGACCAGAGUUCUAUUACUGCCUCUUUUUAGGUUUCAGGAGUUAAAAUUAGUCAUCCUCAACAUUUGUUAUGUUCUGGUUUCAGAAUGAUGAAGACAGUUAGAGAACAGUUUAAUACAAAAUAUGGUAAUAUUAAUGGUAAAUGGACCUGUACUUGUAUAGUGCCUUUCUAGUCUUUCGACCACCCAAAGCACUUUUACACACACACCCUAUCUCACUCAGUGAUGGCAAAGCCCAUCGAACAGAAACUGACGCAUUCAUACACAUUCACACAUUUUGGGGUUCACUAUCUUGCUCAUUGCUGCUUCCACAUGUGGUGGGAGGAGCCGGGGAUCAAACCAGACAAAAAAUAUAAUUCAAACCUAAUGUCCUGUCAUCUGUAAGUUUAAAUGCGUGCCCCAGUCAGUGUGGCUAACUUAUCUUGUGUCAAUAAUGCAUUAUCGAUCUGGACAUGUGCUUGAUAUUUUUUAUGCAGCCCAUGAAUCAUGACACACCCUUUCAUGUGUUACUUUGUACGCCUAUACAUACAUUCAGGAAUUUGGUGUCAAAUUCGCAACGACCAGUGAGUGCAGUGUUGGCUAAUGGACUCCUUACAGCACAUUGAGUUCAGCAGCCCCUCUCUCGUCAUUUCUGCAGAGUAAACCUGAGUAUCCGGUCUAGCAGCAUGUAGUAAAGACUUGAUUCCUUUUGUGAGGCAGGUUCUUAAAGGCAAACCUUUAAAAGCAAUAUUUCAUAAUAGAGGGGAUGUAGCAAAUAUCCUCCCAUAGUGAUAUUUCCACGGCAGGUAGAGACAGGCCCAAAUAUUUCCCAAAGUGGCUGAGUGACUGAGUGUUCUUAUUUCUAAUUAUAAUAUUUGCUUUAGAGGGCUGCAGGGAUGAUGUAUUUUUGUAGGACAACACAGCAGUUGCUGGUUCCUGGUUGCUUUUGACAAAAAGCCAGUGGGACAAUUUGGUGAACAAAGGUUUAUCAUACUUACAUGUUUUGUUCAGUAAGAUAAUCAGAUCAGAUCAAUCAGUUUAUGAAUUUUUAACCAUAAAUGCGAUCGGCAAAAGUAAUAAGUUAACAUUAGGCUAUAAACAAACUACACCACAGUCGUAUGACUUCACUGGAAGUGCAGAAAUUCUAACUCAGUUCUGGGUUUUAGGACUCAUUCCUGCAGCACUUUAUUGGGGGCCAUGGCCCAAUGAAGUCUCCCUCUUUCUCUCUGUCCUUCUCCUCCUGAAGCUGUACAUGGUUCUAACAGUUUGUUACUUUGAAUUUUACGUCCAUCUAUCCGCAGGAUUUUCAGUUGCUUUCCCCUAAUCUUGACCACACAUAGGUGAACCAUUUUACUAAUUAUGUGAUGUCUAAAACCAAUUGGCCACACCAGUGAUGAUUUAUGUGUGUCUUAUUAAAGAGGGUGAAUACUAUGUAUUUUUUAUUUGUAAUCCAUUUAGAUAGUUUUGAAUGGAUUUUGAGACCCAUUUUUAUUAGUGUCAAAAAGCCGCAUUAAAUCUACUUUACAUGUUGUACAACAUAAAAACUUCCAAAAUACUGUUUACUGUUUGUUAUAAAUAUAAUAACACAGUAAAUUACUGUAUGCAUACAUUACAGAUUAUAACAUUUAUGACAGUUCUGAGUUUGAAAAGUUCUUGACUUUGACCAUCUUUAAUAUUCUGAGCUUUUUUUUUUUUACUUUAAACUCAGAACUCACACUUGGCACUAAUCCUCUUCCGUAGAAAUCAGAUCAACAUUUUGUGUCUUUGAAAACAUAUUUUCUGUCGAAAGUUAGUAGUAUGUAAACCUUUCUACGGGAUAUGGUUGAGCACCAACACAGUCAUUGCUAAAAUCUUUAUAUCUAUUGUAUUUACAACACAUAGCCUAAACAGCAUUACAAUUGAAGAGCAUGGUCAACAUUUAGUAAAGAUGAAUUUCAAACAUGUAUUCCUAAUGGAGCUGCGGAGGAAUUUGCAACUUCAAAUCCCUGAGAUGGUACUGGCAAUGUGGUCAAACCAUCUAAUUAAUGUUAGAAAUGUUCUUCUAUCUACAGAAUACAUGUGGAUUUACUUGUCUCACAGCUGAGGUGCUACAGGUAUGUUUACAUUUUCUAGGAGGCAUUUACAAUGUAUUUUUGGGUUCUUUUUAAACCGAAGUGGCCUACAAACAUCCCUCUCAGUCAACUCAAGCUCUAUUUUUGUGCCGAAUCAAUGAUCAGCGCUGUCAGCUGCUUGUCCUCAUGGGUACAAACAGGCAAAACUAAACAUUUUAAUGGAAGCUCAGAUUCAAAUCUUAGGAUUUUGAUGACAUGAAACCAUUAAAUAUCCUUAAAUAUUUAAAUAUUGUCAAUGUGUUCAGGUCAGAAACUGUUGAAAGUAGGUUUGUGUGGUUGAGAUGGGUAUAGAAUGUGUCAGGAUCUGUCAGUUGUCAUGCUGAAGCGAUAAAACAGACACACAGAUGGAUUGUUCUGGUCACGGUGACAAAGGUGUGCAAAUGAAAACCUUUGGCGAAAGAGUCCCUGACUCGGUCUCUGGUUGGAUGGUGAACUGCACCUGGUCAACAUGACAGAACCAUUACAUCUGUUUUCACUGUCGAUCUGUUAAAACUAGUUAUGUCUUAUAAAAAAACAUUUUCCAUUUAAUCCUGUGUGCUUUUUCAUGACUGCUUAGUGCAAUGUUUUAUUUUUCUAAUGUGUCUAAGAGAUAUAACAAAGUGGAAAAUAAAGGAGAAUGUUUGCUACUGAAA